GACGUCCUAUGGCAAGGAGUGGUACUGCAACUCGUUAACACGGUGAGGUGAUUGGAGUGUAGCGCCACCUACAGAGUCUGGGGGGAAAAAAACAUCAACCAUUUAGCUCCAGCCACCGCCCCCCCCCUGAGAAGACCCUCUUUGGUAAAAAAAAAAAAAACUAAAUUUAGAUUCGUUCAAAGUAGCUACAUGGAGUCAUAGCUAUUUAGCUGUGUUGUGUCUGUCCUUGGGGGUUCAACCAGUCGGACAAGGGUUUCGCAUAUUGAGUAUGUGACUGUGAGCAUUGGAGAAGCGUUAGCGGUCCAUGAAGACCGCCUAGCCGUCGGUAGUCCUCGUUCUGUCCGGUCUAGUGGACUUGAUGAACCCCGCUUGUCCACGCUGACCCGGGGGAGUAGCACCGACAACAAGGUCAUGGACUUCCCGGGCCACUUCGACCAGGUCUUCCAGCAGCUGAACUACCAGCGCGUCCACAGCCAGCUGUGUGACUGUGUCAUUGUGGUGGGCAGCCGCCAUUUUAAGGCCCACCGCUCAGUGCUGGCGGCUUGCAGCACACACUUCAGAGCCCUGUUCACCGUCGCCCAGGGAGACGCCAGCAUGAACAUGAUACAACUGGACAGCGAGGUGGUGACAGCGGAGGCGUUUGCUGCCCUGGUGGACAUGAUGUACACCUCCACCCUGAUGCUAGGCGAGAGCAACGUGAUGGACGUGCUGCUAGCUGCCUCUCACCUCCACCUGAACGCCGUAGUCAAGGCCUGCAAGCACUACCUGACCACCCGCACCAUGCCCAUGUCCCCGCCGGCAGACCACCGGGCCACACAACACCGCCAGCACCAACACACCCACGCAGAACAGCAGAGACUUAGGCAGCAGCAGGCAGCCGCCGAGUUAGCCGCUAACGCUAACCUAGCGGCAAAUGCUAACCUAGCCGCUAACGCUAACCUAGAGGCUAACGCUAACCUAGCGGCUAACGCUGCUACGUCCAGGCUCCAGCGGUCGUUCCUGUUGCAGCAGCUGGGUCUAAGCCUGGUGAGCUCUGCCCUGGGCGGAGUGGAGGAGGAUGGGGCCAGGGGUGGUAGCGACGGUGUUAGCGGUGUAGUGGAGCAGAAAGCUUCCUUCCCCAUUCGACGUUUCCACAAGAGAAAGCCCUCCCUGAGCUUUAGCCUAUCUGAGGACAGGCCCAGGCAGAGGCCCCGCCCCUCCGGACCCCACGGGGAUGAGGAAGCGGGACUACUCUCCCCCGACUCCCACAAGACGGGGGAGGAGACCAGACUGGACGGGGAGAUCACCGGCCUAGUAAGCGGCGUAUCCCAGGAUGACUCCCAGAUGCCCAGCCAAUCGGACGGCGGACGCUGCGAAGGGGAGGAGCAAGGGAUGGCGGAGGAGGCGGGUGUGGGGAAGGAGUCCCUGGAUGGAGGGAGUCAUCAUGGUGAUGGGGUGGAGGUGAAGAUAACUGAGGAAGAGGAGGAGGAGGAAGUAAGGGAGCAACAGGGACAGGUGGUGGUCAAGUGUGAGCCUCUGAGCUCCCCAGAGCCAGCAGAUGACAUCACCAUCCAGGGUAGCGACCAGCUGGGACCUAGAGGAGGUAGAGGAAGAGGAGGAGGAGGAGAGGAGGAGAAGGUAGAACUGAGCCCACAGAGCAGCGACCGUAGUCUCUCCUCCUCUGACCAACAGCCGCCCCGGCCCAGCUCCCAGCUCCUGCUGAAAGGAGGUCUUGGUCGGGGGAGUGGAGGUGGUUUUGGCUGUAGUAGCCAUCUCGAUGAGAAGUCUGGCUUUAGGAUUUCUAGCUUCCUCGGCGCCAAUGUCUUUGGAAGCGGAGGGUCGGGGGUCGAUGCCGGGGACGACGACCUCACCGCGACAACCGGCGAGGCGAUGGCAGCGGCACAUCGCUUCCUGCUGAGCCCGGAACACUCUGGGACCAAUAACUCCGCUUCGAUGCUCCGUCCCGGGUCGGCCAACCACCUGCACCUGCUGGGUGGCGACGGUCUCGGGGGAUUCUCUACAGACGCCGAUUCGCUCUUCCUGCAUCCCCUGCAUGACGGGCUGGGAAACCCCAGAGGAGGAGGAGGGUUUCCAGACCCGUUUUCUCUGGACUUCCAGCGUUCCAGCCUGGGCCUGCACUCCCUGGCCCGCGCCUCUAGAGGGGGCUCCCUGGGCUUUCCUGGAUACCGCCGCAUCGCACCUAAAAACGACCGCACGGGAGGAGGAGGAGGAGGGGGAGGAGAAACGGGGGUCGUUCUCCAAGACGCCCUGUCUUCCUCCAGUCUUGGGGAAGGGGGUCCCUUGCUUCUGAACGGAUCGGGGGGGUACGAGUCAGGCCCCCCCACCUCCUCCUCCUCCGCCCCCCAUCACCCCCAUCCCCAGCUGACCCGUGCCUCGGCGGACGUCCUCUCCAAGUGUAAGAAGGCCCUGUCAGAGCACAACGUCCUGGUGGUAGAAGGAGCCAGGAAGUACGCCUGUAGAAUCUGCUGUAAGACUUUCCUCACCCUGACCGACUGUAAGAAACACAUCAGAGUGCACACGGGGGAGAAACCUUACGCCUGCCUCAAGUGUGGCAAACGGUUCAGCCAGUCGUCCCACCUGUACAAACACUCCAAGACAACAUGUCUGCGCUGGCAGAACAGCAACAUGGCCAACACACUGAUGUAGGCUUGAGUAGGUGAUAGAUAUGAUCACUGUAGAGGGGGGGGGGGAGUGAACGGUAUCCAGACUUUAAUACCUUUUAUACCAUCGUUGUGCCAUACCGGAGCUAUAUACGGUUUUACCGUGCAUUGUGAAUUAAUGGGGGGGAAAUAAUUUUUAAAAAAUAGCCAAAUUAGCGGUAUGCUAACAAAGUAGUGGAGAAUUCCCAUAGUAGAUGCUAGCUAAAUGCUAACGAGUCAAGCGUUUCGACCUGUACCAACACUCCCAGGACCACCUGUCUACGCUGGCAGAACGGCCAUCUGCCUUACGAUCUGGAUGUAGGCUGGCCUGGUAGCUCGGGUUGAGUUGGAUUGGGAAAUUCCUUGGGGAACUUAUCGGAAGUUUAUUUUAUUUUUUAAAAAUAAAUUCUGGUUGGAGGAUCGUAUCGUCGCUGGACUUCAGACAAGUCUUUCUGAGGCCAGUGGGAGACCUAGAACAAAACUGACAUGUUGGUGAGAGUCUCUCACCUUCCCACAGAUUAGUGUGUUGGGGCCAAACCGUUGGGACGCUACAGACAGGAAGUUGGCAGAUCUGCUUGUCAUGACUUCAGACAGGUCCCAAGACGCUUGUUGGGCCAAACCGUUGGGACGCUACAGAACAGAAGUUGGCAGAUCUGCUUUUCCCGACUUCAGACGGGUCCCAAGACGCUUGUUGGGGCCAAACCGUUGGGAAACAAACCCUGCUCGACCUCUUCCACUGCAGAUACAGAAGUGAGACAUCGGCGGAUGGAUACAAAACAACAGAUCUCUCAGCUUAAACAGACAGAUUUUUAUGGGGGAUUUUGUUAUUAUUGUUAUGCUAAUUAGCUCUAAGGCGUUAAAAGCCUCAAAGCUACAAACAUACACUUACAGUAGUGUGUAGAAGCUACGGGUGUGUUCUAUAGGUGGUCCCAGCGGGAAUCCAACCCACCACCCUGGUGUUGCAAGUGCCAUGUUCUACCGACUGAGUCAAACGGGACAAUUUGAUAGAGGCGAUCGCUUUAGAAAAUGGAGUCUCUUUAGGGUGGGGGGGGUGGACUCCCAACUUCCUCAUGGAACCCUGUUGUGUUCCUGUUGGAACCCUGUUGUGUUCCUGUUGGAACCCUGUUGUUUUCCUGUUGGAACCCUGUUGUGUUCCUGUUGGAACCAUGUUCGGAACGUUUCUGAAACAGGACUUCAGAUUCAGAACAGUCCUGAAGCUGAAACCCGGCUAGAGUUGCAGAACUCAGGGUUUCCUGCUUAUUCUCCUCUGAAUACGGUAAUCGUCGAGGUUUUCUGGAAUUUUCUGGAAAACCUGAGAAUUAGGGGGAAUUGUCCGACGCUAAAGCUGGAAGCUUAGUUUGGAGAGGAGAACAGGGAUGUGAAGGAGAGAGGAUAGACUAGCCUGAGAGACAGUCUGUCUGUCUUGCCCCACAUCAAUGACAUCAAUGGAACUGGCAAGAGCACAAAGAUCUGGGACCAUUUUGUUUUAUAUGGAGUUGCCUUUUCGUUAGUGCACCUUUUGAAUGAACCACCCUAUUCCCUAUAUAGUGCACUACUUUUGACCAGGGCCCAUAGGGUAGUAGUUCACUAUAUAGUGCACUACUUUUGACCAGGGCCCAUAGGGUAGUGUUCCCUAUAUAGUGCACUACUUUUGACCAGGGCCCAUAGGGUAGUAGUUCACUAUAUAGUGCACUACUUUUGACCAGGGCCCAUAGGGUAGUGUUCCCUAUAUAGUGCACUACUUUUGACCAGGGCCCAUAGGGUAGUGUUCCCUAUAUAGUGCACUACUUUUGACCAGGGCCCAUAGGGUAGUAGUUCACUAUAUACAGUGCAUUUGUAAAGUAUUUAGACCCCUUGACGUUUUCCACGUUUUGUUUCAUUACAGCCAUAUUCGAAAAUGGAUUAAAUAAAAAAUGUUCCUCUUCAAUCUACAUACAAUACCCCAGAAUGACAUCACAAUACCCCAGAAUGACAUCACAAUACCCCAGAAUGACAUCACAAUACCCCAUAGUGACGAACCAAAAACAGGUUUUUAGAAAUGUUAGCAAAUAUAUUAAAAAUAAAAAACUGAAAUACCUUAUCUACAUAAGUAUUCAGACCCUUUGCUAUGAGACUCUAAAUUGAGUUCAGGUGCAUCCUGUUUCCAUUGAUCAUCCUUGAGAUGUUUCUACAACUUGAUUGGAGUCCACCUGUGGUAAAUUCAAUUAAUUGGACAUGAUUUGGAAAGACACACACCUGUCUAUAUAAGGUCCCACAGUUGACAGAGCAUGUCAGAGCAAAAACCAAGCAAUGAGGUUGAAGGAAUUAAAGGCACUUAAAGGACUCUCAGACCAUGAGAAACAAGAUUCUCUGGUCUGAUGAAACCAAGAUUGAACUCUUUAGCCUGAAUGCCAAGCGUCACGUCUGGAGGAAACCUGAGACCGUCCAUAUGGUGAAGCAUGGUGGUGGCAGCAUCAUGCUGUGGGGAUGUUUUUCAGCGGCAGGGAACUGGGAAACCAGUCAGGAUCGACGCCGAGAUGAAUGGAGAAAAUGUACAGAGAGAACCUUGAUGAAAACCUGUUCCCGAGCGUUCAGGACCUCAGACUGGGGUGAAGGUUCACCUUCCAACAGGACAACGACUCUAAGCACACAGCCAAGACAAUGCAGGAGUGGCUUCAGGACAAGUAUUUGGAUGUCCUUGAGUGGCCCAGCCAGAGACCGGACUUGAACCCGAUCGAACAUCUCUGGAGAGACCUGAAAAUAGCUGUGCAGCGACGCUCCCCAUCCAACCUGACAGAGCUUGAGAGGAUCUCCAGAGAAGAAUGGGAGAAACUCCCCAAAUACAGGUGUGCCAAGCUUGUAGCAUCAAACCCAAGAAGACUGUAAUUGCUGUAAAGGGUCUUGUGUUAAUGUGAUAGUCCAGUAGUAAAAAAAAAAAAUGUUUAUUGCCAAAAUGUCUUAAAGCUGUUCAUGCUUUGUAAUUAUGGGGUAUUGUGAUGUCAUUAUGGGGUAUUGUGAUGUCAUUAUGGGGUAUUGUGAUGUCAUUAUUGGGUAUUGUGUGUAGACUGAUGAGGGGGGGAUCCAUAAUCCAUUUUUAGAAUAAGGCUGUAAUGUAACAAAAUGUGGAAGAAGUCCAGGGGUCUGAAUACUUUCCGAAGGCGCUGUAGGUUAUACGGUGGCCCUUUAACCCGUCUCCUCACAGGACAUUAGAAAUGUACAUAUUUCACAUUUAUGUAUCUUUACACUUUCCUCUGCAAGGGGACAUCAAAUAAAACCAGUGACUUUUAUAACUAGAGCCUGGCGUGUCUCCUGGUCAGGUCACAUGAUCAGGGAUAACUCUGGGGCCCCAGUUGACUAUAACAUAGUGUUGUUAGGUACUAGAUGUCGUGGAACAGUUUGGUACAGUAUCUGUGCUUCUUAAAUGUCCUUUUUUUAAAUCGAUACAUCGAACACUUCAGACAGUCUUCAGACAAUAGUUUAUUUUUUUUAAAUGACCUUAACGCGGUUUAUAUAAAAGAAAAGAAAAGCUUUGACUGCUAAUAGGAAGGUUGGACUGCGUGCUUCUGUGUUUCCAUGGCGACGUGUUGGCCCAGUUACAGUAACGUUACUGUGCUGAGUUGUGUUGUAGUUGACUGACUGACUGACUGACUGGUCAGAGAACAACCUGGCUGUUUGAGACCUGCUCAGUGUGGAUGGGUAGCCAGGCAACUAGUGGGCACCUUAAGGCCGUACGGUCUUCACACUGUGACUCAGUCUGUGUUACUCAGUCUGUGUUACUCAGUCUGUGUUACUCAGUCUGUGUUACUCAGUCUGUGUUACUCAGUCUGUGUUACUCAGUCUGUGUUACUCAGUCUGUGUUACUCAGUCUGUGUUACUCAGUCUGUGUUACUCAUUCUGUGUUACUCAUUCUGUGUUACUCAUUCUGUGUUACUCAUUCUGUGUUACUCAGUCUGUGAUACUCAUUCUGUGUUACUCAUUCUGUGUUACUCAGUCUGUGUUACUCAGUCUGUGUUACUCAUUCUGUGUUACUCAGUCUGUGUUACUCAGUCUGUGUUAUUGAUAUCUGAUAAAAUACUUUUAAAAGUUUCCUUUCACGCCCUUUGACAUGGUUAUUUCAUCCCUUGUUUUUGCCCAGGAAGAUCUUAUGACCAGUAUCUAUUAACUGACCAGUAUCUAUCUAUUGUAAUGUUUCUAACAGCUGACUACCAACAGUGUUACAGCCACAUUGUAAAUGCACCUUAAUCGCUAACCAAUUUAAUUUACAACUCAUACUGAGUUUAUAUCUAAUUUAAUUGAUCGCUGUGGUAAAAAAAAUAAUUUCGUAGUUAAAAGCUCUUUUUCAAUCAGGCAUAAUCCGUAGGUACCCCUGAAGGACAUGAGGACCCUUUGUUAAACAGAUCCAAAAUGGCUUCCAUCUCUCACUGUAGCCCGGUUUCCAUGGUGAUGUCAUCUGUGGCUGUAGUCUAAGUGAAACUGUUUUUUUUAUAUAUAUAUGUGUGAAUGUUUGAAAGUGCACAUUAUGGUCCUAUUUAUACAACAACAGCCCCUGUGUGAAAACUACAACAAACUAUAACCAAAAAGGGCAACAAAAAAACAAAAAACGACAUUUUGUUUAUGUAAUAAUAUAGUUGAUGAAGGAAAGUUACUGCCUUACGCCCCUCUCUGGCUUAAAAAGCUGGGCUUUAUCCUCAUGCCAAAAGUGCAGGAUUUCUGUGUUGUUUUUGUGCACUUCUAACACAGUGUAACUAUGUUUUGGUGCCGCGUCUCAAAUGGUGCCCUGUUCCCUGUGUAGUGCACUACUUCUUAUUGACACUCUGGUCUAAAGUAGUGCACUACUUCCUAUCAAAGCCACUGACACUCUGGUCUAAAGUAGUGUACUACGUAGGGAAUAGGGUGCCAUAGGACUCUGGUCUAAAGUAGUGUACUACGUAGGGAAUAGGGCGCCUUGUGAGACGUUACCCCAAAGAGAAGAUGAAAUGUAAAGGUGUUUAUUUCCUCUCUGUUUGUUUGAGGAGAAUAAAGUGACGGAGGACAUGUCGUCCCGGCCGUCACUACAGACUGAAUUAAAAGAGGAGAAAAAGUUCCAUGUU